AUGACGGAAAUUAGGAUGAGCUGUUACACUGAUUUUAAUUCAUCUUAUUAUGCAAGAGUUGUGGAUGUCAGGCAAGAAAAGGUGCUGACUGGAGGUUUUGAGAAAAGAACAAACCCACCCACACUGACAGCAUAUAAAAGGCCCUCUGUAGGUGCACUGUCCAUACUGAAGUCAACUUCUCUCCUUCUCUACCCAAGAACAACCUCAACAAUCAACACCAUGUGUGGCAGUUACUACGGAAACUACUAUGGAGGCCGCGGCUAUGGAUGCUGUGGUUAUGGAGGCCUGGGCUAUGGCUAUGGAGGCCUGGGCUAUGGCUAUGGAGGCCUGGGCUGUGGCUACGGAGGCCUGGGCUGUGGCUAUGGCUGUGGCUACCGCCGACUGGGCUGUGGCUACGGCUGUGGCUAUGGUUAUGGCUCCCGUUCUCUCUAUGGCUGUGGCUAUGGCUGUGGUUCUGGCUAUGGUUACUACUAUUAAGGACACUAUGGAAGACUCUGAUGCUAUGCAUUUGGACCAGAGAAUUCACCAGUUCUGAAACACUUGGGUUUUAAAUCUAUUGACCAUUCAUCUGAUGAGUAUCUUCUGAUGCCUACUGGAUAUGAUCCAUCAACCUCUCCUUUGUCUUAACUUACAAAAAGUGAUAAAUGUGAAAUCCAUCCUGAGAAUCCCUGCCUGGGUUAUUCUGAAUGGUGAUGUCACAGAUCUUGUUUGGAAACAUUCCUGUCAGAAUACUUUCUCUAUUUUUCUGAUGUACCUUUAAAUUAUAGAAAAAUAAACCUUGUUUUCUUUUUCCAUUCAA